CAGAGAAGACCGGUACCCCCGCAGCCCCGGAUUGCUGGGGAAAGAGUGGUGCAAAUAGAGACGCAUCGGCUGGGGCCAUGGCCACCUUUACCCGGGAAGAGUUCUACCAGCAGCUGUUGAGCAGUUGUGUGUUGCCGACUGCUCAGCAGGGUUUUGAGCAGGUUUGGACUCUGCUGCUCUUGUGUCUAGCUUGCCGUCUCCUAUGGAGGUUAGCUCUGCCAUCCUAUGCCAAACACCUGAGCACUGUUGCUAGCGGCUUCUACGCCCUCUACCACUUUUUCCAGCUGCAGAUGGUAUGGGUUGUGCUUCUCAGCCUCUUGUGCUACCUGGUUUUGUUCCUAUGUCGCCACUCAACCCAACGUGGAGUUCUGCUCUCCAUCACCAUCCUCAUCUAUUUGCUCAUGGGAGAGAUGCAUAUGGUAGACACUGUGAGUUGGCACAAGAUGAGAGGUGCCCAGAUGAUUGUGGCAAUGAAGGCUGUGUCAUUGGGCUUUGAUCUGGAUCGGGGUGAGGUGCCAACCAUCCCAUCCCCAGUUGAGUUCAUGGGGUAUAUCUACUUUGUUGGAACGGUUAUAUUUGGACCCUGGUUCCGCUUUCGCACCUAUCUGCAGGCUGUGGAGAGCAGGAAAAUAAGUUUCUCCUGGUUUCAGAAGGUCUGUCUGAGCUUCUUCCUCUGCCUUGUGUGCCUCAUCAUGUCCACUUGUGUGGCUCCCUAUCUUUUCUCAUACUUCAUACCUCUCUACAGCUACAAGCUACUCAGGAAGUGGCUCCGGGCUUAUGAGAGUGCCAGCUCCUUCCAUUUCAGCAAUUUCUUUGUGGGCUUUCUGUCUGAGACUACAGCCACCUUGGCAGGAUCAGGUUUUACGGAGGAAAAGGAGAAUUUGAAAUGGGACCUGACAGUGUCUCGUCCUCUGAGGGUGGAGCUGCCCCGUUCUAUGGUGGAGGUGGUAACCAGCUGGAACCUGCCCAUGUCACAAUGGCUAAACUCCUAUGUCUUUAAGAACUCCCUGAAAUUGGGGACCUUCUCAGCAAUCAUUGUAACCUACGCAGCCAGUGCCCUCUUACAUGGGCUGAGCUUCCAUUUGGCUGCUGUGCUAUUGUCACUCGGCUUCAUCACUUACAUUGAACAUGUUCUCAGAAAGCGGUUGUCCAUCAUCUUUGAUGCCUGUAUACUCUCCAAGAAGUGUCAGCCAGGAUGCUCACAUUGCCACAGCACGGGUCUCUGGGUUCGCCUCCUCAACCUGCUGUUUGGGGCUCUUGCUGUCUUCCACUUGGCCUACUUAGGGUCAUUAUUUGACAUGGACGCAGAUGACUCCGUGGAAGAACAGGGCUAUGGCAUGUCUUAUACCAUCCACAAAUGGUCUGAACUGAGCUGGGCCAGCCACUGGCUGACCUUUGGGUGCUGGGUCUUCUACCGUCUCAUCAGCUGAAGCAGGGCCUUCAUGUGGAUGGAGCAGGGAAUGGGUAGAGAGGCAGAACUGAGGGCCUCCUCACCUUCAAGAACGUUGGAUGCCUACCAUCAACUUGACUGCCCUGGACACUGACUGAUUCCUUUUUUCUCUGGGAUGCUGAUGGAGGGAAGGGGCUCUCCAGCAGUUCGGUUGUGCCCCAUACUGAGGGCAUAUCCUGAUCCACUUUGCCCUGAGUGGGGAGGAAUAUGCAUCCCAUGUGGAAAAGUCUGAUACCUAUAAAAAUCUCCUCUUCCUUUUCCCACAUGGUCUGGACUAUAACACCUAUAAUACUCUUCCAUUGGCUGCCUGGGGCUUGUGGGAGUUAUUAUCCAGAGGGCACCAGAUUCGCAGUUCAGAUCUUGUACAGUAACAAAACCUCUGUCCCUUGCUCUCUGAGAAAAAUCUGGCUCCUGCCAGGUCCUUUUUGACCCUCCUUCUAGUGGCCAUUUGAAGAAACUGCACCAGCUUUUCUCUCCCCUCUGAAUUAUUUUUAUCAACUCACUGACCGCAUGUUUUGCCUCUUUCUCCUCUCUUGUGGCUGCAGGUGGGAGCUGCACUCCCUGUUCCCGAGGUACCCCUUAUGGGAUUCUGUCUUUACUGUCAAGUCUGAUGACUAGCCAACAGGAAUCAUGAUUCUUUAAACUGCAUUGAAGAUACAGUUGAUUGUCUUUAACAGUAGGGCAGUUUGUGUAGAUGUAGCUUUCUCUGUUUGCUUCUAAAGCCCUUGGAUUUUUCGGACAAUCAUGGCGGAAGUGUUGUUGAGGGCUAGAAAGGAUGGGAAAGGGUGCAAGCAAUCCUCUAACUAGGCACAAUCCUCAAGAGGAUCUGAACCUUCUGAAAUUUUCUCCAUCAGAAUCUAUGGAAUUCCUGUUCAUUCCAGUUCUUUUUCACUAUUGUAUGAUAUGGACCAGAAGCUGAUGGCAUUUUCUUAAUCAGAGCAUAGCUGCUCAGGAUAUUUAAUUCAGUGCCAAAUUCUGCACAGAAGCUUAAACUAUACCAGUUGUAGCAUACAACUGUUUUGGAUUUAUUAAUCUGGAAUAAUCCUUGUUCCAUGGUUCCAUGCGCAUAUCGUGGAAAAAGCUCCCACUAGGUGUUAAAAAAAAGAGGAAGGCAGGGAGAGGAGAACUGUUGUGCCUUCUUGCCAUAUGUUACCCUCCCUUCUCUGUGAAUAGAUCAAAAGAUUAUUUGAGUGGCUUGGGGGGUCCCCCGAUCUCUGUUAUGCAGUUACAGGCUAAGGAUUGCAUUGUUUGCUCUUUCACACACCAAUAAGCCCAUGGCAGGAUCUGUCCUGAAAUGCAUAUGAGCUGUUUAGGUGGUACACUUCCUGUUAGAAAUACCACCCCAUCAUUGCAGCAAAACAUUAGUCUUUAACCUGCUUUUGUCAAUAGGAGGCAAGGUCAAGACUGGGAACAACAGGAUCAGAACACUCAACAUGGACAGUGCCUAAUAAUGGGAAGUUGGAACAAUCCUCUAACUUGCUUCUCCUGGAAAGCUUAAAUGCAGACAAGCCUUUAAUGCGGUACUGUGGAAUUUAGUUGUCCCAGUCUGCAGGCGCAGCAGAAAGAGGAGGUAGAAGGCCCUGGACCAUUCCAGGGGUGAGGAAAGUUGUCCUUUUUGAAAAUGCUGCUUUUUAAAAAAAAGAUGCACAUACUUUUUAAAACCUUCUAUUUAAACAGAAAUGAGCCCAGCAGGAUAUAAGCUGUGCUUUUAAAGUGGUGGGGUAUGCGUCAUCGAAUGCAACCUGGAGCAGUGCAGUUUCUUCUUCUACCUCAGGCAUCUAGAAAGCAGAUCUAGCCUGCAGAACAAGCUAGUGGAGACAGGUUUCUUGUGCUGCGUGAUUUCAGAUGGCAUAGGAGGGUUGAUGCUGACUGGCCAAAUGAAUUCAGUUCAUGAGAAGACAUGCUACAGUAGGCACCACGUGGAGUUUUCUCCAGUUUAAAAAAUGAUUAUUGAGUUUUUAAAAGUUUGGAGAGCCAUGUUCUGGAGGUCUUGUAGGGUCACCAGCAGAAUCAGGACAGGUGAGACACACACAGGGCAUCUGACUCAUUAUUGGGUAACAAUAUAUGUUCCUGGCAUGCUAAAAGUAAACAAUUUCAAGAAAAGCUGACUAUCACUCACAUGCUAGUUUAUUAUGUGCACUGCAAUUUUUAAAAGGGGUGGUGAAAAAAUUGAUCCAUAUACCAACUACAAAUGGAAGUAUUAGUUUUUUCCCCCUAUGCAGAUGUCCCCCAGAAGUGCUGGACUAAAGGACUCCUCCCACAACAUCAAUUCGUUGGCCGAAAUGCAACGCAACAAUAAGGAAAAUGGAAUUUGCAACCAGAUGCAAAAGAAAAGGUCAAAGAGGACAUUUCAGCAGAUGAUGCUUGCUUUGUGUGACAUUAAGUAUUGUUACGUGUUGAGCCUCUCUCUUCCACCCAGCUGUUAAAAGCCCUGGAUCCAGAUUCCUUCUAGCAUUUGUUUAUCUGCUAAUUUUCCUUUGGUUUUAGGGGAAUUGAGACCUUGCUGGAAUAUAAUCUAGCACUAUUCCAAGCCUCCUUAGGGACUCAAGUAUGACACUGUUAAUCCCAGGAUAUCUCUUCUGCCCCUUGCCUUGGUGAGGUAGAAGAUUCCAUGUACCAUAUGUGGACUAUAAAAAAAAAUGGGUGUUCUUUCUAAAAUGCCUUUGAUUUGUUUAUAAAAUAAAUAUUCAGUGGAAACACA